ACUGUGAGUAGAGAGAUUGAAGGGGCUGGGCCCACAGUGGAGAAAUGGCGAGAAUGGUUAACGAGAACGGCGGUAGAGGGGAAACACAGAGCCCAGAGCCGCAAGGACCAGGUCGAGGUGCGGCUAGAUGGGGUCCACAACACGCCGGUGCCCGAGAACUGGCAAAUUUAUACUCACCAGGCAAAAGAUGUCAAGAAUGGAUAAGUGUAAUCCUCUGCUUCUCUCUCAUGGCCUUCAAUUUCAUACACCUCCUUGCCAAUUUCCAUUUGGGGCAUUUGUGGUCCAUCUUGUUAAGCAUUGUGGCGGGAAUACUGACCGCAGACUUUGCGUCUGGACUUGUGCACUGGGGGGCUGAUACGUGGGGGUCAGUGGAUCUUCCCAUCUUUGGAAAGGCGUUUAUACGACCAUUCAGAGAGCACCACAUUGACCCCACAGCCAUCACCCGUCACGACUUCAUUGAGACCAAUGGUGACAACUGCAUGCUGACCAUUGUCCCUCUAGCAAACAUGGCCUUCAACUUCCUCACCCUCUCCCCUGCGGAGAUUUAUCAUAUCUACCCCUGGUACUGCUACUUGUUUGCACUAGCCAUCUUUGUAACGCUCACCAACCAGAUUCACAAGUGGUCUCACACGUACUUUGGCCUGCCUCGCUGGGUGACGCUCCUGCAGGACUGUCACAUCAUCCUCCCUCGCAAGCACCACCGCGUCCACCACGUCUCCCCUCAUGAGACGUACUUCUGCAUCACAACAGGCGUUAAAGUUCCUCGCAAUUUCCGGCUCCUGGAGGAGCUGGAGGAAGGCCAGAAAGGUGUUGGAGAUGGAACAGUGAGCUGGGGUCUGGAGGAUGAUGAGGACAUGACCUUAACACGAUGGAGAGGGGUGAUCCUUGGCCCCCCAAGGACGAGCUAUGAAAACAGGAUGUACAAUCUGAAGGUUGAAUGUGGGCCAGAAUACCCAGACUCACCCCCGUUCGUCAAAUUUGUGACAAAGAUAAACUUGAAUGGCGUGCACACCUCCAAUGGUGUGGUUGACAUGCAUGCGGUGACUGCACUGGCCAAGUGGCAGAACUCCUACAGUAUCCAGAUGGUGCUGCUGGAGCUGCGACGGCUCAUGACCUGCAAGGAAAACAUGAAGCUUCCUCAGCCACCUGAGGGCCAGAUCUACUCCAACUGAGCCCCUGCUACUUUUGCCUCCAUCUUUUUCUCCCCCUCUCUCCCCCCUCCCUCUCCUAAACUGUUUUGCUUUUCAUCCCCCUCCUGCGCCAUCAGACAUUCCACCUCCUGCAGACACGUCGGCUGAGCAGACACACAGAGAACAGAUACAUGCAGACUCACACUGAUGCACACACAUACACACGUAUAUCUGUAUACACACCUAUUGAGCAUUCAUGAAAGUCAUUCCAAGCACUGGUCCCCCCUCCCCCUCCUCCCAUCACUGGAGCUCUGGGUGGGCUCAGGCAGAGUCCUCAGUCCACACCAGAUCUGAUCAUUCGGAUACUGUACAUGUUACUAAUCUUUUUUUAUUAUUAUUUGUUAAAAUGCAGAUUGUACAAUAACAUAAAUAAUCUUAUUGGGUGUA